UGGGUAAUGCUGCAGCAGCUCUCAUGGCUCGUCUUGCUCCUAAAGCCAAGAAAUGGUCCGAGAUCAUUGGGCAAGCACACCAAAGUGUCGAAGUUCUUAAAGAUCAGGAAGUGAUUCGAACCGUUCUUAAUAUAUUACAGACAAAUACAAGGGUUGCCAGCUCUCUUGGAACAUUUCUCUUAACCCAGAUUUCAUUGAUCUUUUUCGACAUGCUUAAUGUCUACAGGUAUAACCAACAUUUUCAGAUGUUAGUCGAGUUUCAGUUGUCCAGUUAUAUAUCUUCAUUUCAAAUAUUGUAGUGAUAUGCAUGGAUAUAUUUAUUUUCAACAGGAUGUAUAGUGAGCUUAAUUGUAUCUAGUACUAUUGCUGAAGGGGGGCCUUUCACUUCUAAAACAUC